UAAGGAUUAGCUGGCUUAGUUUUAGGCCGCGCAACAAUGUCACUUGUAGCGGUGGCGGAUAUGAAGGCUCGUCUUCGAGCAAAACUUGCCAUUCGCCAACCACAACAAGAGCAAAGGCCAUGUCGCUUGUGUCUUCACUACGUCGAGGAUGCGGAACCAAUGGUCGAUAUUUUUGCCCCGAACAAUUCCACCAAACUGAUCGAUAAGAUUCGCGAUUGCUUGGGUAUAUUCAUUGCUCCGUCCGACGAUUGCUCCGGAACGACGGUGCGGUUCGUCUGUUCUAGUUGUGCGCAAACUGUGGAACUGAUCGAUGAGUUCCGCAUUCUGUGCCACCAGACGGCUGAGGUAUACGACUCGAUACGGAUACGAUCAUCGAAAGUUAGCGGAAAACGGAAACCGUACUGUGCUGCGGUUGGCACGCUUCGUGCUUGUAUACGGGAAGUACAAUGUGCGGUCAAUGAAGCGCUACGCAUAACGACACCCGAGGACAACGCCGUUGACGCAAGUAGUGUUAAAGUUGAAAAUGAUUCGGCAUGUCCGUCGUCCAUCGAGCGCGAAAAUACGGAAACCACUGAGCAGUUGGAGGUGGAGGAAAUCAAUGAUCUGUUGAGUGGUGGUACCCCGUCGACGGAUUUUGUAGUCGUCAAAGUUGAAGUAACGGAUCCGGAAGAGCUGGAAACUUCUGCUGCAUCUGAUUCCAUUGGAACAGCCGAGCUAAACGAAAUUAUUACCGAAAGUAAUGAGUGCGAACGUUUAACGAUAGCGUUAAAGAUGGCCAUUGCGAAGGAAGUGAAACUGCAUCCGGAGCUAUGGGAUAUUACAUUUGCUAGCUCUGUUGAAACAGUUAACGAACUGUGGGCUAGAUUGGCACAUAAAUUUGGAUUAGAUGUAGCAAUAUUUCGACGCCAUUGGCGCCGUAUUCGGGAUGGCUAUCGCGAACUACAAAGACGUGAGUCGCUCGGGGAUAGUUUGUUUCUUGAAGAUGCCACUACCGCCGAGUUGUUUCUACUGUGCAAACAGAUGUUUGAUACUGCUUCGAAACAACCAUUGCCAGGCGAGCAGCUUAAAAUAGAGGAAAAUGCAGAUGCCCAAGCGUCAGCUGAGGACCAACAGAGGAUGGCUUAUGCGCGAGUUAUCUACAGGCAUCCGGUGGUUUGGAACGUAAAGCAUAUCGACUAUCCAUUUCGAGGAUCACGAGAGGAAGGUUGGGAACAAAUUGGCAAAGAAUUGAAUGUGUCUUGCGAGGAUGCUAAACGUCGUUGGAGAAAUACGCGGGAAAUGUACCGGCUUCGUGCUAGGCGUUUGGCAAGAGGUAAACUGUAUAAGAGUGAGUCCCUUGCCUACGACCCCCUUUUGAAAUUGUUAGACGAAAUGAUGAAGUGUUAUCCGGUUCGAAGCGGUUCGAAAGAGUCUAGUGCCGUUGCUAGUAGCUCUAAUAAAAAGAGUGUUGCUUCUUAUAAAGUGUUUAAGUACGAUAGAAGGUUGAAGUUUGCUCAGAUCUGUUACGGUUAUGAAAUACUGUGGAACAAUCGGCAUCCGGACUACAAUGUAAACGCGAAAAAGGAGCCUAUCUGGGAUGAAAUAGCCCAACAAAUGGAGAUAACCCGUGACGAAGUACGAUACCAAUGGAGUCGCUUGCGGGCAAUCUAUCGAGGUCGUCGUUUAGGCUUCCUGGAAGGUUCGAUUGCUCUCGAUGACCCAAAGUUGAAUGAUCCUUUCUAUAAACUAUUGGAAGAUAUGCUGGGCGAGAAUAUGCAACUUGGCCAGAGAAGUGCAACCAUUAUGUCGGCUCAACAAUAUGCCAGAGGACCGUUUCAAAGAAUUGAACGUCAGAUUCAAUUGCUUGAGGAGAUUACGCAGCGCGAGAUCAUUUGGAAUGAAAACCAUCCCGACAACCUUAAAGUGGAAACGCGUACUGUUGCCUGGAACGAAAUAGCAGCAAAGUUUGAUGUGAAUCCACUAAUCGUGAAAUCCGAAUGGAAACGGCUUAGAGACGUCCACUCUGGCCGCAAAGAUCAGACCUCACUGCAGAAUGCGAAUGAUGCAAAUGAGCAACGAUUGCUGGAGCUAAUUCAAAGAUUGGUACCAGCAUCGGAGACAGCACCGGUAAAACCAGAAAAGCGACUUGGCGACGACGUCCGGCGCUCAAGCUGUCGAGUGGUCAAAAGGUCGAGAGUUGUAACUAAACCAAAGAGAAGAUAUCGCGGCAAAAAGACUUUCGACAGUGUGGGGUGUGUUAAGAUGGAUCGUAAUGGCAUCGUGAGGCAUCACAAAGUCUGCGAAUUGUGCGGCAAGCUGGUCGAGCGAUCCAUGUUCGAAUAUCACAUGAAUCAGCACAACGGCCUGCGGCCGUACGCGUGUUCCUUCGAGGGCUGUGACAAGCAGUACAGCAACAAGAUCACCCGCGAUCGGCACGAGGUGAUGACGCACGGAGAGGGUGGCUUCAAGUUCGAGUGCGAUCAGUGCGAUGCAAAGUUUAAACAGAGAGCUCCAUUUAAGCUUCACUAUGCAAAGAAACACAAAAGUGAGGAAGUGCCGUGCAAUAUUUGCGGGAAAAUAUUUAAACACCGGCACCUACUGCGGCAGCACAAAGAGCUGCACACUGGUAAUUUUCCAUGCAACGUGUGCGGCAAGGUGUUGCGGAAGAGAUACUCGCUUAAUGUGCAUAUGCGGGUUCACACCCAGGAGAAACCGUUUCCAUGCGAGCUGUGCGAGCUGCGCUUUAUGCUUAAGGUGCAAAUGAAAUCACAUUUGCUGAAGGUGCACGGAGUUCAGCUCGAAGAAAUAGAGGCAGUUAAAGCUAACCUUAAUAACACGGUUUAA